CGGCAGAAUGAUUCAAUAAAAUCUCACUCAGCCACAGUGCCUAGGUCCAACUCCCCCCAUGUGCACAGCCACUUACCCACUCACGUGCAUAGCCACUAGCCAUUAAACCCACCUCAUUCUUUUGGUUCCGCCACUUUCUUUCGGCCGCCACUCCAAAAAACACAGUACCAGACGGUAAGGCCGAUGGAUGGUUGAGCUCUCUCUUUCCAGGCCGUCAGCGCUCCUGUCAGCGACCUCGCCCCCCAGCAAGUUUCUCAUCCUAUCCCUUCCAUUCCUUUCUCUAUCCCGUCCAUCUCUUUCCAUUGGUGCCCGCAGCCUCCUCUCCUCCUCCCACCAUCCCAUCAAUGCACAAUUAUGUGGACGACCCCUCGAACCAGGAACAGUAGCCGUGCGGCGACGAUCUGGACCACCAGCUGCACUUAAAGCCACCAGCUCGCACUUAAAGCCACCAGCUGCACUUAAAGGGCCCUACCAUCCCCAGCGCAUGGCGUUUGCACCCCAACUCUCCAUAACGUGCCUCCGUCCGAUCAUACCCGCACGCUGUGCCUCUCCGAAGCGAACGUCUCCGCGAAGACAGACACAUCAGAAUAGAAUAGGACAGGGCCCCAUGCCCGUGCUGCAAACAUGAGGUUCCCGCCGCCCGAGGUCACGGCGACGUGGCCAGAGCCCAAUUAUGUCGAUCCAGUGCGCCGUGGCAACGAGAGUAUUAUUACCCAGGCCGUCCUGGUGGCGCUGGUGACCCUGUUUGUGUCGAUCAGGUUAUAUGCGAGAUUAGCGAUUACGAAGGCGGGGGUUGGGUUGGAUGAUGUGUUAAUUGUGAUUUCCGCGAUUGUUGGGCUGGGCCUGACGGUGGGGGUUAUACUCGCGAUAAAUAAUUAUGGAUGGGAUAUACACGUGUGGGAUCUGCCUCAGGAGGAUAGCGUUACGAGUCGAAAGGUCAGCUGGGCAAGCAUGCUCCUCUACCUCGCCUCCUCCUUCCUCACCAAAAUCUCCAUCCUCGUCUUUUACCUUCGCAUCCUCGUCGAAAAGGACAAGCUCAUCACCAAAAUCACCCUUGGCUCAAUGGUUAUCUGUUACGUCGUCCUUUUCAUCAUCCUCUUCGUCCAGUGCCGUCCCCUCUCAUACUACUGGAAAAUUCUCAUCCCCGGUGCCGAGGGCACCUGCAUAGAAGAGGGAAUACACGCGGUCACCGCCGGCGUGCUCACCCUCAUCUUCGACCUCAUCAUCUUCGCCAUCCCCCUCCGCUCCCUCUUCACACUCAAAAUCCGCACCACCCAGAAACUUCAGGUCAUCUCCCUCUUCUCCGCCGGGCUGAUCGUCAUCGUCGCCGCCUCCAUCCGGCUGUACUACAACGUCGUCGUCUUCCUGCGCACCUACGAUGUGAGUUGGUACGGCUACCUCGGUUGGCUCUGGGCGGCUGUCGAGGUGCACCUUAGCAUCAUCUGCGCGUGCGUGCCUAGCUGCCGCGCGUUCUUCGCCAGUUGGACGGUGAGGGGGUCGAACCGCAGCGGUGCGGGAGGCACGUAUCCUAGCAGGCCGGGGGGAAGGAGUUUUAAUAAUCUGGAUGUGGAGGAGGAGGCGAGGUUGACGAGUGUCAAGAUGGGGAGUAUGACGAAGGUGGAGGCGGGGAGUGUGAGGAGUGGUAUUAGUGGCGAGAGCGAGGAGACGGGGGAGGGUGUGAGAGUGAAAAUGGAGGUGCUACAAUAUCAUGACGCGAUGGUGUAGGCACAUAUUGGGGGAUACAAAUAAUUUAUAUUUAUGUGGUUGAAAUUAGAGUAAUAGUUUCACCGAGCAGUUCCGGCCGUUAUAUGACCCUUAGGGUAUGUCAACGGCCAUAGAGGGCAGUGGGAGUACGGAGGAAGCGUUCAAAAGUUUUGUCCCACGCUAGGAAACGCCACAGUUCACAAUUUAGUUAUGUACAUAGUUAUGAAAUCAGUGUUCUUCUCGCCCCUCCUUGUACUCAUUUCCGCCUUC